CUAGAACUUCUGUUGCCGUGUGAGCUGUGAGUUUUGUGACUCCUAUAGUCAGCUUUAGCUGGAGGGGAGUCUCACCAAAUAAACCAUGCAAAUGUCAAUUUCCCUUUUGCCUUUUCUAACUUUUCAAUUUAUUCUUCACAGUUCACCAACCCACCUACAAAACCCAAAAAAGAAUAAAAAGCAUAUCAACACAAACCUGAAAUAUAUACGAUUCAUUGAACCAUACCAAUUUAAUUUCUACAAAAAUGGCACCCAAAAAUGUCUUAUUUUCAUGUAAUAACCUCAUCCUCUUCAACAUCUUAAUUACCAUAGUACUACCAACAACACAAGGCGCUUUCUCAAGUACCAUAUCAAAACAACAACAAUCAAGUAACCUUACUCAUCUCCAAUUCUACUUCCAUGACUAUGUCACGGGGCCUAGCGCCACGGCAAUAAGGAUCGCGCAAGCAAAGACGACGGACACAUCGCCGAGCACGUUUGGCGCGCUUGUUAUGAUCGACGAUCCGUUAACCGAAGGCCCGGACAAUAGCUCUAGAGUCAUUGGUCAUGCGCAAGGGAUGUACGGCUUUGCGGACCAACAAGAAUAUGCUUUGCUUAUGACCAUGAAUUUGGUGUUUUCUGAGGGACAAUAUAAUGGAAGUACGCUUAGUGUGAUGGGAAGAAAUCCGGUGAUGGAGCAAGUUAGAGAAUUGGCUGUUAUUGGUGGAAGUGGAGUGUUUAGAUUUGCUAGUGGGUAUGCUCAAGCUAAAACUAUUACUAUGAUGGAUCCAAAUGGAGCUACUAUUGUUGAGUAUAAUGUUUAUGUAUCUCAUUAGUUUUUUUUCUUUCUUUCUUUGUGUUAAAAAAAUGUUUCAUCUAUCAUCUUCUAAUUUAGAUAUGGAGAUGUUUUUGUAUUGA